AUCUCUGAUCUCUCCAUUCUCUCGACUCUCCUCACACAGUCUCCACCAUCCUCCUCGCCUCCUAUCUCUGUUGCCGCUCCUACCACUCCCCCAGUGUCCCCCAACAGCAACCACCACCACCACCGCAGCAACCACACCCCUCGACGCCUGGCUGAAGCUGAACGGCUCGUGCCCGGUUUCCAGGAACUUGCCGCUGCCAACCCCGCUGUCCACGCCGCUCUCGGAGGUCGUUUCACUCUCGCAGUACGCCGUGGAUCGGAGGCGGAGGAGGUGAUAAGAUUUAUUAACAAGAUGCCCCGAAGGCCAACAAGGCACCGCCAAUUGUUGAAACCUCGGCCUCUGACCUUCUCUGCUUUUUCUCGUUCAGUUGCUCAAUUAGUCUCUUCUUACAUGGCCAAGCGUCAAAUGCAAGACUCCAAACUACACAGAGAAUCUUCCUCAAAAUCUGCAGGAAAUAAAGUUUUUAAGCAUACUUUGGAAGAGAAGAAUGAACAGUAUGAGUCUUCUAGUGAUGAAGAGUUUGAAGGAGUAGUUCAAGCAGAUUUUGCAUUCUUUGAUCCCAAACCCAACGACUUUCAUGGAGUGAAGACCUUGCUGCAAACCUACCUUGAUAAUAAGCAAUGGGAUUUGAGUGGUUUCGUUGACUUGAUACUGGGGCAGACAACAGUGGGGACUGUUGUUAAGGUAGAGGGUGACGAAGAUGAUGGAGUUUUCUCUGUCGUGACUGCUCUAAACUUGCAAAGAUAUAAGGACCAUAAAUGCAUCGUGGAGUUCAAGGAGUUCCUCCUUAAAGCAUGCCAGGAGGAGGAUGUAGUAGAUGACUUGAGAUCAGUUUUGGGAGAGCAAGCACAGAAUGUGGGUCUCCUGGUGUCUCAGCGUGUGGUGAAUCUUCCACCCCAGCUUUUGCCACCUCUUUAUGAUGCCCUCUUUGAUGAAAUCUCAUGGGCCGUAGAAGAUGAGCCCACAGAAGACCUCAGGAAUUCCUUCCGCUUCAAUUUUUAUAUUCUAGUCAGUAAAAUUUACAAGCACAAAAACGCAGAUCCGAGAAAGAAGCUGAGCAAUGAUAGUGAUGAGGCAAUAAUAUAUACAAAGCCAGAAGAUGAAAUUUUUCACAAGAUUAGCUUGUGGUCCUUCAGCUUUCCUUUGCACGCUCAGCAGCCCUCAACUCAUGAGCUAAGAAAUUAUCGGUUUAUGGGAUUAGUCAUGGCUGUUGAAGCAGACAAAAUUGCUACAUUCCGACAAGAGUUGAAGUCUUUAAUAAAUGAAUCCUGAGGCCAAGCAAAAAAAUGUUCCAAUUUCUUUUAGUUUAAGAGCCAUCUUUUUCCUUUUUCCACCAUUCCUGCAAAGGCUUUCAUCAAUUCACUCGUGAGCUUGUCUUCCAAAUACAUGUACAUGCCAGAUGUAUGAGGUCUCAUUUUAAAAAAAAUAAUAAUAAUUUCUUUUUGCAUUUCUCUUGUGCCAUGAGGAUUUUAUAUGUUUAAGGAUUUCACUCAAUUUUGUAAUGCAGCAAGUAGACUUGAUUUAUGAGAGAUUUCUGAAAACUUAUA